AUGGCAAGUGGAAAUAGUUCAGUUUCAACUGAUCCAAAUGAUGCGGACAUCCAACGUAUGGUAAGUUUAUAUAAGUGACUUACAUUUUUCAUGAUCACUCUAUUUUAGUAAUAUCAAUUACCAAAUAAAAAAAAAAAAGACAUAAGUCUAGCCGAUUUUCUAAGCAAUGAGAUAAUCAUUGGCCUAGGAGACAAAUGGUAAUAUUUUGUAUUGAAGGAUAAAAAGGACUGGACCAAUGCAUUAAUCUCAAUUCAGUUACAUUAGGUUGCAUGAUGGAUGUUUUCAUGGUUGAAGAAUUUUAAAGGACCACUAUAGUCACCCAGACCACUUCAGCUCAAUGGAGUGGUCUUGGUGCCAGGUUGCUCUAGUGUCAACACUGCAACUGUAAACAUAGCUGUUUCCUAGCCUCGAACAAAAAAAACGCUAUAGGGUCAUUAGGUCCACCCCACCCUCUGGGUCCCAUUCCUGCAGGGCACUCGGGGUUAAAACCCCUUCAGCCACUUAACUUUCUCCAGCACUGUGCUCCCUCGGCUACGGCAAUUGCAACGCAAGCAUUCUAAACACACAUGGUAAAGCAUUACUCAAUGCUUACGUAUUGACAUGCAGCAUCUUAUCACUGGCAUUGAGUAAUGCUUUCCUAUGGGCGGUUUGAAUGCGUGCACUGCAGUUGCCGCGCAGGCGCAUUCGGCAAUGAUGUCAGUAGGAGGAGUGUUCACCAUCACCGAGGGAGCGCGGUGCUGGAGAAAGAAAAGUGCCUGAAGGGGUUUUAACCCCGAGUGCCCUGCUGGAGUGGGACCCUGAGGGUGGGGUGGACCUAAUGGCCCUAUAUUGACAAGAAAACCUUUUUUUUUUUAAAAACACUAUUGUGGUCCUCUAACUGUUAUCAUUUAUUCAAUACCGACUAGGAUUCAUACAAAUGUUAUUGUGUUUAUGAAGAUCUAAUACAUAUUAAAAAAAAAACUACUACAUAUAUUUAUAGCUGUCAGAAUAUUUUGAGGACCGUCAUCGACAUGCAGUUGAUCCAGAUAUUUUAAAUAGUAUGGACUGGGAUCCACCUGCACAGCAAGUGAUUAAUGACGAAAAUACGCAAGCUUCACCAACAAGAGUAGGAACAUCGGAAUGGUGUCUGUGUGGCAAUUGUAUGCCAAUGCAAAGUGAGGAAGAAAGUCUAUGCUGCAGGGAGAUAGAGAACAUUGUCGAUAUGUUGAAUGAACAACAGAAUUGCAUUUGCAAUCUUCCAUAUCUACGUGAGCAAUUAUCUUCACGGGAACACGUGCUGUCUCUAUACCGUUAUGGUCUCAGCUAUGUAAAAUCCGCUAGAUUCCGUUCUCCGGAACAAAUGCAGGAAAGGUGAGUGUAUCAUAAAUCUAAAUACAGCGCAUUGUUCUUUAAAACGGUCAUGGAUUUAAAAAAAAAUGAAGCAAAAUUAAUCUCUAAAGGAGCACCAUAGUGACACAAUAAAAACCUUGUUUUGCUGGCACUAUAUAGUGGUUAAGUCACCCCCCAACCUCUGGUGAACAAAUCCUGCUAGUCUGAAGGGGCUAAAACAUCGUCAGCCACUAGCCUUUGUCCAGUGUUGUGCUCCCCCGGUGAUGGUGACCUCUCCUCCUCCUGCCAAUGUCCGCUACCAAUGCACAUGCGUGUCUAUAGCGUUGCGCAUUCGGUAAACAGCCUAUAGGAAAGAAUUACUCCAUGCUUGCCAUUUGAACGUCCAGCGUCUUCUCAGUCAGUUAGAAUUGUGUAAGCUCCUCUUGCGAAUGUCUGUGAGACAGCCACUAGAGGCUGGAUUAACCCUCAGUGAAACACAGCAGUUUCUAUGAAACUAUGUUUACACCGAAAUGGGUUAAAAAUAGUGGGACCUGGCACACAGACCACUCCAAGUCAAUGAAGUUGUCAGGGUGCCUGGUCCCUCUAGUUUUAACCCUGCCGCUCCAAACAUAGUGUAGGAGAAACUGCUAGCUUUCAAUGAGGUUUAAUCCAGCCUCUAGUGGCUGUCUCACUGACAGUCGCUGUUUCCUCAAUUCUCACAACGCUGGAUGUCCAUAGGAAAACAUGGAGUAAUGCGGACUCUGGCAGAAGGAGGAGAGGUCGCCAGCACAGAAUGAGCUCGGUGCUGGAGAAAGUCAAGUGUCUGAAGGUGUUUUAACCCCUUCAGCGCAUCAUGAGGGGGGGCACUGAGGCUGUGUGGGGGGGGGACACUAAUGACCCUAUAGUGCCAAGAAAACGAGAUUUUUUUUCCUGUCACUAUAGUGCUCUUUUGUUUUUAGUAUUCAAAUACUACAAUUGUUUAUGUUUAGUUUUAAUUACUUUCUAUAGUUUUUGAUGCUAAAUUUUAUAUUCAUAAUUUAAUAUUUUUUCAUUCUAUACUCCAUUGACACUCAUUUUUUGUUUGGUUAUUUAUAUGCAAUGUUAAAUGUUUCCUUUUUUUUUUUGUUCACAGUGACUACCGAAAAACUGCCUACAGGUCCUUCACAAUGUGGGUGUACGGAUACCUGGGACCCAAAAGGCGGCGUCCGAUACCCUCGUGCACAGUAAAACUGAUUAGGUCACACUUUCCUGCACCAGAUGCGAUAUACAUGGGUUUUAGAUAUGCGGAUGAUGACCCUAUAGCUGUUGAACUUGUAUAG